AGAGAGUCCUCUAAUCGGAUUAGGAGCGCGUCUGUAGGUUAGCGGGCUGCCGUCUCUGUUUUUUUCUGGACAGGGUGCGUUUACGUUCUCCUGUAGUUCCACUUUGAAGAAACGAAGUCACUCUUUUCCGCACGUGCGCGUGAAACGGAUAUUCCGACUCAGCGUGGUUUCGCUUUGGAGGCGCGCGACGCAUCUCACUUGGUGGGACGUUCGCGGCUGACGGGAGCGUAGACACGUGCCACUCUCCCGAAAUGACUGACAGCUAGAUUCGCCGAACUCGUUGGACUUUCAAAGCGCGCGCGGCCGUAGUUCGCGCGCCCAUUGGGGAUGUAGCCCACUCGUUUGGGGACAAGAGUUUGUGAGUUUUGCUUUGGAGACGCUCGGUUCCAUGAGCGCGCUCUCCGCCGAGCACUGCGCCAGGCUCGCGGGUUAGAUGGUGCUGAUCACCGACAGCCGGGAUGGAGGAGGCUCCUCGUCCGCCCGGGUCGCGCAGCAACAGAAAGUGGCUGCAAACGUCGCGCAGAUCCACCCGACCACCACCGAGGAGCCGCUGACUAACUCCGGCGACGAGGCCGACGAGGAGGGCGACGGGGGAGAGGACGACGACGACUUCGAAGAAGUUGACUUCGAGGACGACGGCGGCAGCGUCGCGUCGGACGACUCGUUCUACCCCCCAGAUGAUGCGUUCGCGGACUCCGAGCGGUCCCCGUCUCCGGACAGUCCGGAGCCGCUGUCGUUGUUCCGGGCGUGCUGCACGAACAACGCGGCUAUCGUCCGGAUCAUGACACGGCACGGAGUGACCGAGGAGGAGGUCAAGCAGGCGGACAAGAACAACAGGACAGGACUGUUGGUUGCGUGUUACCAAGGUUACGUGGACGUUGUCAUAGCGCUGUCUCAGUGUCCUCAUCUGGAUGUCAACUGGCAGGACAGCGAGGGAAACACAGCUCUCAUCACCGCAGCGCAGGCAGGCCACGUAACAAUCACCAACUAUUUACUGAACUACUUCCCUGGAUUGGACAUAGAGAGGAGAAACUGCCAUGGCUUCACAGCGCUGAUGAAAGCUGCCAUGCAGGGCAGGGUGGAGUGUGUGCGCGCGCUAAUGAUGGCAGGGGCUGCUCUGAAUGCCAAGGACUUUGGCCGCAACUUCACGGCCAGGGAGUGGGCUCUGUUUACUGGCCGCUAUGACACCGCCUGGUUGAUGACGCGUCUGAUGGAGAGACCCUGUCCACGCCAGUACCGCGACACGUACAGUCUAGAGUGGGCCCCCAUGGCGUCACUGGUGGCCAAGGCCCAGGAGCCCCGUGGCUGUCUGAAGCGCCUGUCUGAUUCCGUGAGAAACAUUUUCAACAUUGCAAAUGUGACCAACCCUGAGGACGAAGGCGUUAUCGACCACAUGGUUUCCGUAACAACAGCCCUGAGGAGCCCCUUCAUUGCUGUGACCUGCCAUACAGUCUGCCCUGACAGUCCCCCAAGCGUGGGUAAGCGGCGCUACGCAGUUCCUGAGAUUGUCCGCCAGCAUCGUAGCAAGGAGCUUCACUGCGGUCACCCGGACAGGAUGGAGAGCCACCUCAAACUGUUCGAGAACUCUCGGGUCACCCUAGUGGCCAAGAGCUGUGUGGAGCGCAGGGCCAGCCUCCAGCCCCAGAGCCUGGCGGCCCGGCACAGGAGCUCCAGCCUGGGCGCGGUGGCUCAUAACGAAGCCCUGGAGCUGCGAAGAACCAGCCUCCUCCCCAUGCACGUGAUGCUGAGGCGGAGCAGCGUCAGGCCGGGGCUGUCCAUUCCCAAAGUCAGGGUGUCCAAGGCACCCGCGUCUUCCUACGAGCCGGAGAAGGUCCGGCGGAAGAGCAGCGCCAAAGACGGAGGGGGGCACCUGCUGCAGAUACCAAAGUGGAAAUACAAGGAGUUAAAGGAAGAGAGGAGAAAAGCUGAGGAGGCCGAACGCAGAAGGUUGGAGGCUGUAACUAAGAGACACCUUGCUGCUGGGAAAAGGAAAUAAGACUAUUACCUCAGCAGAAAAGACAAACUGCUCAGCAUAAGUUGCACAGACUUGGCUCCAGUGUUUUUUUUUUUAUAAUCUCACGAGCUCAGGGUGAGUCUAGAAUAACCUGUAGGACAGAAGGUGACUUCUAGUCAAGGCUUCAAGAAAAUAUUAGCUGAUUCUUAAAGCUGUUGCGAUGUCAAAUAGCCCACGGGAUUUGAUACUUGAAAUGUUUAUAGAUAACGUAUGUUUUUGUAUUUAUGGCUUUUUAAUGGACUGUCAAGGCCAAUUUUGUUACAUGUUGGAACUCAGUGAAUCAGUGUUAUUUUAGUCUGUAACACUGUGUGAGUGCUUUUUACAGAACGUACAGUUCUGCUUAGAAUGAAUGCAAAUAAUUUGAAAUGUCACAGAGAACUGUAUAUAAAAUACUAAUAAAUAUGACCUAUUGGCUGUGACAGCCAAACAUACAGCACAGUAAGCUUUGUAUAGGACCUAAUGCAUUUCACAGCACUGUGUAGAUGCUAUCGUUUUGCUUUUUGACAAACUCUUGAAUGUACUUUGCAUAAAUAUAUAUAAUAGAUAUUUAAAUGCUUUUUUUAGACAAACUUUUACAUUUUUUAUUCUAUACUGACUUUCUACUAACUGACCUUUUCACAAAUACUGAACAAAAAGUUUCUAGAAUGAAACCGUAGAGCACUUGUCCGCCAGCAUCGUAGCAACAAAGGUUGCAACAAAGCUCAAUGUCUUUCCCAGAUGUUUACAUUGCAAAAUCCUAUUACCACUGGUAAUAUUACAGACACAGCGACAUGCAAUAAAUGAGACUGAGAUGUGCGUUGGUUGUGCAUGAACUUUGCAGGGUUUGUAGGUAAGAACCAAAAACACUUGUGCUAACAAGAGCAAUGGAUGUGGUCGUGACUGAGCCGAUAAGCGACUGUUUUUAUUAGGAUGUCAGGACAUCUUGUUUUGGAAAAUGAAGAUUAUUGGUUUACAUAAAUAUAUUUUAUCUCUAGGGGCCUGCAAAGAACAAUAAACAAAUGUAAAUUACCAAACCAUUUAAAA